AGCCAGUUGCCGUUGGCCUUUGCGUCAGAAGCAAACAGGCCUGGCUUCUCUCUUUAUACUAAUCAUUUUCUUUUCUUCACUGUUCUUUGACCGAGUUGAAUUACUGCAUAAGUAGCUACUUAGCUCUCUUAGUGAUUCCCUAACGUCGCGCCAAUCGAUCACAGUGACUGUGAUUCUGUUGCACCAGAACCAUUAAAAAAGAUCGGCCUUGCUGCAUAUCUGCCUGAGCAUAACCUUUCCCUCCUCUGCUCUCCUCUUCUCUUUCUCCCAUCAUUUCUUACAACACACAACCUUCCCAUGACGCUUCUUCUGCUAUCUUAGGCUCUGCCCUUGGUUUUGGGGCUGCUUUGUAACAGAUCAGCAACACUUCGCAAUGGCAUCAACAAUCACAGAAGCUCAGGCGGAGCUGAUUCGGUCCCUUGCGCCCGACGAUAUUCCAAUCAAGUUGCGAUGCGCGAUCUGCAGCAAGCUCGCGGUCAACGCCUACCGUCUUCCUUGUUGCGAACAGGCAAUAUGCGAAUCAUGUCAAUCCAAUCUACCCGCGUCGUGUCCUGUUUGCGAACACUCACCCUUGUCCGCCGAGGAUUGCAAUCCCAACAAAUCAUUGAGAACCACAAUCAGGGUCUUCCUGCGCACUGCGGAGAAGAAACGCGAGGCAAGCCGACCGAAGGAAGACAAAGACUCAGAGCCAGCGACGCCAGUUGAGGCGCCUAAACAGAAUCUCCCGACAACCGAAACAUCUGCGAUCGAGACACCCAUAGAACAGAUUUCGGGGGUCGACGCACCAUCAUCAGUACAGGUCGAUAGCGCUGACAAAGUUGAUGAAGGCGCUCCUGCUCCAUACGUAGUCCAGGUACUGAAAUUUCCGAUUCUCGUCAAGGACCUUCCACUAACAUUUUUCAAGGAGAGUAUUACUCAUCAUGAUGACACUCCUGCUACUGAGAGUCCUCGGCAAGUCGAGGCAGGUGAUGCUCAGAGCGCACCUGCCGAGGGCAGCACAGAGGACGCACCCAUCGAGUACUCUGACGAGCAGACUCUUACGACACAAAAUGGUGAAGGAGGAAUCAACGGCGCCGGCGAAGAAAACGAACAACAAAUGGACGCCGAAAACGACGAGGACCAAGACCAAGAGAAGCCUGAUUCCGAGUCAAUGAAUGGCAAUUUUCCGAAUGGCUCAUUCUCUAGCUCUGGUGACUUCAACCAGAUGCAGAUGAUGAUGGCUAUGCAGAACGGAAUGACGCCGAACUCCUUCGGUGGCUUUCCCAUGAUGGGUAUGCCGGGCAUGGGCAUGGACCCAAUGACGAUGCAGAACAUGUACAUGAACGGUGGCUUUCAAGGCAUGGGCAUGAACGGCAUGGGUGGCUUUGGAGGUGGAUUUGGCCAAGGCUCCAAUAAUAACUGGAACGGUUCACAGUCGUGGAAUUUCGACCAGAAUAAUUACAAUCAAAAUGGUCCUGGCAUGGGAACUGGUGACUUUGGAGGCUUUAACUCAGGAUUCCAGACAGGAUACAAUCAAGGUAAUUAUGGUCAAUUCAAUGACUAUCGCCGCAACACUUUCGGACGUGGUCGAGGCCGUGGCCGUGGUUACUACGGAGGAUAUGGCCGUGGAGGUUACCAGUUCGGAGGCAACCCAAACUACCAGGAUCAGACCCAAGGCCAAUUCCCGCAGAUUGGGCCCGGUCAGAAUGGUCAGAACGGUGUCGAUCAGGGUGAUGGCCAGCAGCAAGUUGAUGAAAGCGGUCAACCUAUUCAGGGCGAUAGCACUGAAGGGCCUGCUGAUGCCGGACAAGCUGAUGGAUCCAGUGAGGCCAUAGGCAAUGCGGAUGCCGCUACCGGUGAUGCUUCCUCUACAACACGUAAUACGGGACCUGGAAACUCAGACCUUGCUCAGGGUAAUGUUUCCGGUGCUGUCCGUCCAGUUGCAGCCGCUGAUGUUCCUUUGAAUGCGCCUACUGGGCCCAAAGCUAUGAGACAGGGGCUCCCUAACACAAGUCUUCAUCAUCUUCGAGCACGCGGUUACCAGGUGGGAAGUGAAGUCCCUCCCUCUAAACCGACUGGAGUGAGAGAUAGCCCAGCAGACCGAGGCCGAUCCCGGUCCAGGAGUAGUUCUCCAACUCCAAUUACUGCUGACGCUCGUGAAAAGGACAAGGAUCGUGAGUCCCGUCAUGAGCAGAGCAAAGAGCGACCUCGCGAUCAUGACAAACGCGACCGAGACCGAGACCGAGACCAUGACCAAACAGGAUCAGCAUCUCGAACCGUCAGCAGAAGUCGUAGUCGCAGCAGGGGACAUCGAAGCUCCCGUCGACGUAGGCGUCAUCGCUCAGAGUCUGUUGAGGACGAUGGCUAUGAUGACGAUUCGCGACGCAAGAAGCAUAGAAGCCGGCGUCACUUUCACGAUGAUGAAGAGUCUUCACGUUCCAAGGACAAGGAUAAGGAUGAAAAAUAUACUGACCGAAACCGUUCCGCAUCACCAGCUGAAUCCAAAAGAUCCAGCCACCGCAGCCGUCGAGAUAGAGACUCGGACAAGCGGAGGGAUCGAGAAAAGGACAAUGACGAUCGCAAAAAGUCCAGCCACCGCCCCUCGCACCGGGAUAGAGACUACGACCGCGACCGGCGUCGGGAAAAGGACAGAGAUCGUAGUGACAAAGACCGGAAAGAUAAGGAUCGCAAAGAUCGACAUCGGGAUAGGGACCGACGCGAUCGCGACCGUGACAGAGAGAGAGAGAAGGACAAAGAUCGGGAGAGUGGCAGGGACCGAGACAGAGAACGGGAUCGCGAUCGCGAUCGCGAUCGAGGUUCGAGAUAUAGCAGCAGACGCGAGUCGAUUGAUGCUGGAGACUCGAAGCCUAUCUCUGGUCCUCGCGGUCACGACACGAAAGUGAAAACCGGCUCUUCGAGUCGCACCGAAAACUCGGGCAAAGACCCUCACACGCUCGAGCGUGAGGCCCGUGAUCGCGAGCGCUUGCUUAAAGAAGCGCAACGUAUCGCAGGUAUGGCGGGUUGGAAACGCAGCCGGGGCGAUGACGGCGACGAUGCAGGCUCGCGCAAAGGCCGUCGGACGGGCUCGUCAACGUCUGCUGCUGCAUCACGUCGAAGCGAAGCUAUCAAUGGUGGCGACGAAGAAGAGAGAAUGCGAAGACUCGAGGCAGAAAGGGAGGGUGAUCGAUGGGGUUAG